AGCCAGGAGAUGGAGCCACACAACAAGAAGCUCUGGUCGCCUGUGGCUGGGGACUGGCUGGCCGCUUCCAUUAUCGAUGAUUGAAUCAAAUGGAGAAAUCAUGAAUCAUCAGUGAGGUCUUUCAGUCGCAGAUUGUUUUCACAAAGCCCGAUUAGACGGUUGUUGUUUUUUUCCCCCACUGCCGUUCUUUAGCGCUAUCUGUGCCCUUACAAGUGAAAUAGUUUUCAUUUGUUCGGUUGCUGGGCCGUUGGUGAUUAAACAAAGGUUUGUUUGCCCCGAUAACACACACUCAGCUUAGUUAAACUUGUCAACACUUUUGUGAAAGAUGGCUGACAACGGAGCACACCCGACAGAAGAGGACCCGGCCGCCGCGUUUCUAGCCCAGCAGGAGAGCGAGAUAGCUGGUAUAGAAAAUGACGCCGACGAAGGGUAUGGGAUGCUGGAAGAGCCCCCGGAGCUAUCGACGAACGACUACGACUCUUUUGGGGAGGAGCAAGCCACAGUGAACGGGGAUCUGUUUCAGGAGUCCAAUGGCCCCACGGAUAACUACGCAGCCAUCGCACAGGUGGAUAUUCAGAGACAAGAACCAGAAAGUCUACAAAAGUGGAGGGAGGAACAGAAAGCACGUCUUGAGGCUUUAGACUCUGCAUCCAAGGCAGCAGAGGCUGAAUGGAGAGAGAAGGCCAAAAAGGAGCUGGAAGACUGGCACGUGCACCAGAGCGAGCAGAUGGAGAAAAACAAGGCCAACAACAGGAUUGCUGACAAGGGUUUCUACAAACAGCCCAACUCUGAUCUAAUAGGUUUUGUAGCGUCAGAGGAGGCCUUCCUUGCCGAGAGCGACUGCGACGGCCCCGCUUCGGCGUGGGAGCGCGUUGCCCAUCUCUGCGACUUCAAUCCCAAGACCAACAAGCAGGCCAAGGAUGUGUCCCGAAUGCGCUCCGUGCUCAUCUCACUCAAACAGACCCCUCUCGUCCGCUAACGGGACUCGCUCGCACUAACUUUGCCUUUUCACUUGUAACCAAACCUCAACAUCAGAAGAGUUUGUAAUCCCCCUUUUUGCAGAAAACUCCCAAUAUAGUGUACGUGUAACAGUGGUUCUUAACCUGGGUUCAGUCGAACGCCAAGGGUUUGAUGAGUCAGUCUCAGGGGUUCAGCAGAGGUCAAGACACACACAUUGUGUGUGUGCUUGCGUGCAUCUGUCUGUAAAGACCUUUUCACACUGCACUUGCUGUAGCCGUGCGCAGCGUGUUGUCAACGAACCCAUUAUGUAUCUACUGCGAGGGUGCAACGACAACACUGUGGUGCGCCUCGAGUUGAAAAAUCAACUCGGGAGCAGCGUCACUGUGAUGCCUCAUCCAAUAGGAGAGGAAUUUACAGAGGGAUUUCAGAGUGCUAACAGUAAUAGACCAACGAGCGGGAAAGGGAGCCAUGCUACUUCCUGGUGGGUCGCUAAGCAACCACUUCCAAAUAUGGGCAAGCUUGCACCAGAGCACCGUCGUCCCUGCCAAAGCCAUUGAAAACAAAGUCUGGACACUCUUGAUCUCACCACACUGGUCUGCAUUGGUUAAAUACACAUCACAUGGUUAAUGGAUGCCAUGUUGUUUGUAUUCCCAGCAUUGCCUUGCAUUAGCCUUGGACAGUUUUUGGCCUUUUUAAGUGGAUAUUUGACAAUUUUUCAAAACAAUUGUGUGGCUGUAAGCAGGAUAAGCAGAGUAGAUGCAUCAUUUCCCGGGGAGAGAAAAAAAACGCCGCCCCUGUAAGGUAAACCCUAUGUUAAUUAACCAAGCACAAUUACUUUAAAGGGAUUAAUAAUUGUUUUUUUUAAAUAGGGGUGCUCACAAAUGCACGCCCUGGCCUCUUCUGACAGCCUUGGUAAAGAAAAACAUAGAGCUGAUUUCUUUCACAGUUCAAUAACUGGCCAUGAUGAUAAUCUCAGAUUAACAUGAACUAUAUACAAUUAUUUUUUUUUAGAUUUCUGUGGAAACUAUCCUACUUACAUAUGGUAAAUUUUGGAAAUAGUCAAUUGCAUUGCAUGGCAUGGCAAUGUUAUGUCAAGCUGCGUAACAAUAAGGCACAGUCCAGACUUGGUUUUCUAUGGCUUUGGUCCCUGCAUCCUGUCCUGCAGUGAACACCAAGAAAGCCAAGUACAAUGUGAAAAGGCCUUGACACUUCAGAACAACAACACUCUCAACCUUUCAGUGUCACCAAAUCGUAGUGUGUCCGCUGAUUCAAAGCCCUUGAGAUACUCAUAGUUUGUUACAAAGUAUCUUUGCAAACAAUCCUUUUCAAGGAUGAUAUACAUAAAAACAAAAAAAGGAACAGACUUUGUUACAAAAAAUGAUAGUGUGACACUUGCAGUAAACUUUCAUUGAGGUUUCUUUUUUGUAAAGUUCUUGGAACACUGAUUUUGUGUCCAACUGAUGCGUGGUUUAUUUUGUGCAAUAAUGAAAGAUUGCUGUUUUGCAUUUUAUCAUUUUAUUUUACCAAUUACGAAGGGUUCGGUGAACACGUGUAUGAAACUUGCGAGGUUCAGUACCUCCAACAAGGUUAAGAACCACUGGUAUGUAACCUUCCAACGUCUCUUGUUGCCUCUUUUAUUGGAAUCUUACUCUUGUGGCACCAUGAAGGACUGCUCUUAUUAUUAAAUUAAGGUUUUAUCAUUACUGAGGAAAAUACUGUUACUAUUAAGUUAACCAUUUCUUACCCUUUAAAUUCUGUUCAUUUUGGUCACUUUUAAUGCAUGCCUCUGCCAAGGUUUUAAAUGAAUAUUAUAAUUUUUUAGCUCAUUCUGUAGUCAGAUACUUGCAGAUUGUAACCACAUAUGCCUCUCAAUAAUGCAGAACCACAACCUUGGGAAUGUUUGUUGUACCCUCUAAUAGUUUGCCAAUAGGGUUUCAAUAUCUUCUACACACUUAGAAGCUGUAGAUAAAUUGGACAGUUCAAAGCAGCAAAACAAUAUUCCCCAGCCAAACAAUUUUGCUAUUACUGUACAUCGAAAUUCACAGUUGAAGGCUUGAGCCGCUUUCUCGUUUUAUACACUGCAAACAACUGUCAAAUUUCACAUUCUUUCACAUGUUGCCUAUUUGGAUAUUAUGAAAGUUGAGGAAAGAAUGUUAAAAGGGAAUUGGUCAAUAAAAAACUAGACUAAUCACUUGUA